AUGUUUUUCUUUUGACCAUAUCUUACGGCGUCGACUUAUUAAAUAUAAAAAUUAAACACAUGGAAAUGUUAGCUAAACAGACGGUGAAGAUGAUGCCUACAUAAAUUACAAUCUUCGUGGGCACAGAAUCGGUGAGAAACCAGGACUCUUGGGCACUAGUUGCCCGCUCGAGUACGCUGUCGUCUGUGUCACUGUUGCUCUCUCGGUGCAUCGUUAACCAGGAGGAACUUUGAUUUUUGAGAAGUUGAUGGACCUGGAUGAGGAAGAAGAGGGUGAGUAGGAGAAGAGGGAGCGGAUAGAAGGGCGCGAACACUAACGCGCGAUUUUGUUUGCUUGUGUGAGGCGAUGGCUGGUUCUUUUCUUCUUAUGUAGGUCAAAGAGGGAUUUUUUGCGGCACCGCGGGGUUAUUUACGAAUACUUGGUGAGCGGGCGAGCCGCUGCGACCCCCCACACGGCUUCUGUUCUUGCCAGAACCCUCGGAAGACAGCUGGAUUUAGGUUCCAGUAGUUGGAUUCUUUGAAGUUUGGGAGCAGAUCUGUUCCUUGCUCAUCCAUGUGUUGUCAAUCGAGUAGCUGAUGAGAGUAAAGACUUGUCUUCCUUUUCGUUAUUGGUUAAAUCUCUUCAUUUCGUGAAAGUAAGACUGACGGCCGAAGAUUUUAUAUAUUUUGUCCAACAAAAACACUUCAUUUGAGGACUGAUUCCAGCAUAGAUCGUGUUGUCUGGAUUCAUGCGUUGGUUUGUGCAAUAAAAGAAACUUCCAUAGUUAAAGGAGCACCUUUCUUGCAAAACGAUGUGCUGAUUUCAACUCAAAAGCUUAGAAAUCACAUGCAUGAUGAAGGAUUAGAUGAAGCACUCAUCAGCGACUGUGAGCAGAUUAUGCAUUCAGAGUUUGCCGAGUACCAUAGAUUACUGAAGCAUCAAUUGGAAGACCAUCUGAAUUCUAUCCAUAUAUUUCAUCAACAGAUAGAGGAAGUUGAUGCAGAAGAUGUGGUAAGUUGUGAAGGUCGAUUGCAUCUAUCCAAGUAUGACCUUUCAAGCUCCGGACAUGAAAAAUUCAUUGAGUACAGUACAACUGAGUCAUCAGAUGAUGUGGAAAAGCAAGAGUUUGAUGAAUUGUCAGACGAAGAUGAACUUCCCUUCUUUGAUACAAAUGAGAGCUUCAAUGAUUCUAUAUUGGCCUGUUCAUCUCUUGUAACUGCAGAAAAUUCUGAUAUAACAUCUAGAAUUGAGGAUAAUCUUAAUGAUGCAAACAUAAUGGAUUUUGAUGCAAAUCCUGAAUUUCAGAACAUGUUUCUAGAUCUCAGACGGCGAACAAAGUUACCAGAUCCUAUUGAGAAGGAGAAGUCUGUGAGCCUUUGGUCAAUGAUUAAAGAUAAUGUUGGAAAAGAUCUUACGAGGGUUUGCCUUCCUGUUUACUUUAAUGAGCCAUUAUCCUCACUUCAGAAGUGUUUUGAAGAUUUGGAAUAUUCAUCUUUAUUGGAUGAAGCAUAUGAAUAUGGGAAAAAGGGAAACAGUCUCCUGAGAAUUCUGAAAGUAGCUGCCUUUGCAGUCUCUGGAUAUUCUUCUUGUGAUGGUCGCCUUUGCAAACCUUUCAAUCCUUUGCUAGGAGAGACCUAUGAAGCAGAUUACCCUGAAAAAGGAAUCCGCUUCUUCUCUGAAAAGGUUAGCCACCAUCCUAUGCUCGUUGCCUGCCAUUGUGAAGGCAAAAAUUGGAAAUUCUGGGGGGACAGUAAUCUCAAGAAUAAAUUUUGGGGGCAAUCCAUACAACUAGACCCUGUUGGUUUAUUGACAUUGGAAUUUGAUGAUGGUGAAAUAUUUCAAUGGAGUAAGGUGACUACAACUAUCAAUAACUUGAUCCUUGGUAAGCUAUACUGCAAUCACCAUGGUACAAUGAACAUACGAGGAAACAGACAGUAUUCUUGUAAACUAAAAUUCAAAGAGCAGUCGCUUCUUGACUGGAAUCCUCGCCAGGUGCAAGGCUAUGUUGAGGACAUUGAGGGAACAAAAGUUGCCAGUUUGGUAGGAAAAUGGGAUGAUAGCAUGUACUAUUUGCUAGGUGAUGAAAUCGCAAAGACCAAGAGAUUUGUUUCGACCGAAAAUGCUGACUUAUUAUGGAAAAAGAACAAGCCUCCUCCUGAACCCACACGGUACAACUUGACCUCAUUUGCUAUUACGCUAAAUGAGUUAAGAUCAGAACUGAAGGGCAAACUUCCACCUACUGAUUCACGACUCCGUCCGGAUCAGCGCUACCUUGAGAAUGGAGAGUAUGGAAAGGCUAAUGCAGAAAAGUUGAGAUUAGAGAAACGGCAACGAAUGUCAAGGAAAUUGCAAGCAAGUGGGUGGCAACCAAGAUGGUUUAAAAGGGACAGUGAAGAUGGUACUUUCUGUUAUAUCGGUGGAUAUUGGGAAGCCAGGGAGCAACAGAAAUGGGAAGAUUGUAUAAAUAUCUUCGGUGAGUUUUCGAAUGAUGCAACUGCAGCAACCUGCAUCAAGUCAGAACUGAUGCCAUGAGGUUUGGAAAGUGCGAUGUUCUACGAGGUUUUUCUUCUGCUAUCUCCGUAGCUCGUUGCACUUAACAUGUAGAACUGGUAAUCCGCAUAACCUUUGCUGCUAGUUGUAUGAGUUGCCAGUCAUAGGUGAGCAUAGGCAACUGCAUAUUCAUUUGUUUGAUUUUGCACCAAUUAAGAACCAAAGCAUAUUCAUUUUUUCUACGUAAAAUAUUUUUGUCGUUGCUUGAUUUACCUUUUUGAGAUGGCGAAGAAUUUCUAUGUUAAGCUAAGAAAAAGAAGUAAUUUCUGUAAAUUGUCCUGACUCUAUUAUCAGAUGCUCUGGAUGAUACCUGGUGUUCUAUUUA